AUGGCCCCCUUCAAAGUCGCCAUUGUGGGUGGUGGCAUGACUGGCCUGGCCGCCGCCCUCCAUCUCGACCGCCUGGACAUCGACUUUAUCCUUCUCGAGGCGUACGACGACAUUGCCCCUGAGGUGGGCGCAAGUCUCGCCCUGUACCCAAACUUCCAGCGCGUGCUCGACCAGCUCGGGGUUCUGGACGAUGUGUACGACGAGUCGGCGGAGCUGUGCACCCUGACGGCGCGUGACAUUGCUGGCAAGCCCAUCUUCACGCAUCACGUGGCGGAGGCCAUCCACGCUGGUGCUGAUGGGUAUGGCAUCCGCACGUGGACGCGCACACAGUAUCUCCGGGUGCUAUAUCGCAACGUGAGCGAGGAGGGCAAGAAGAAAAUCCACACGAGCCAGCGAGUAAGUCGCAUAGAGCAGCUGACGGGCGACGAGGGCGUUCGAUUGCACAUGACGAGUGGAGAAGUGCAUCUUGCAGAUCUGGUGCUCGGUGCGGAUGGCACGCAUAGCAUCGUGCGCGCCGAGAUGUGGCGUAUGGCCGAGGAGGCGGGCUCACAGGUGUUUGUGGGCGACAAGGGAGAGGACGCAGCCACCGAGUUUGCCUGCGUGUUUGGCCUUUCCGACAACACGGGGGACCUGCGCAAGGACCACACCUACCAGGUCACCGGCCAGGAUAUGACCAUUGGUUUGUUCGGGGGUGCCAAGGGCGAGGCUUGCUGGUUUAUCUUCUUCAAGGCCGGCGAGGACAAGAGAACGAGCAGUCUUGACUUUCCUCGAUGGACCCCGGAGGAGGGCGCGGCUGUCUGUGAAAAGUACGCCGACACCAAGCUGAGUGACAAGACAACCUUUGGCGACGUCUACGCCAACAGGUACCGUGUCACCACGCAACCGUGUCCCAACCAUAGCCUGCGUCGCUGGCACUAUGGCCGCCUCAUCUGUCUGGGCGACGCCGUGGCCAAGACGAAUCCGAUUCUCGCGCAGGGUGGCGCGCAGGGGGCCGAGUCGGUCGUCAUGCUCGUGGACCACUUGCAGCAUCUCAUCAAGCAAAACGACAAGGUGACGACAGCGCAGCUGGAGAAGGUCUUGGGCGAGGUCAACAAGAAGAGGGAGCCACGUGUGCGCGAAUCGGUCGCCAAGAGUCAACAGCUCAUCCGCAUCUCGGCAUGGUCGACGUGGCUGUUCCGCAUCAUUGGAGAAUGGAUUGCGCCGCUACUGCCGACGUGGGUUAUUGUCGCGCAGGCCUUGGGACCGUGGAAAGGGGCGUACCAGUCGACGACUCUGCCGACGCCGCAGUAUGCGGUAGGGAGGGCUGUGGCAUCGGUGAAUGAGGCCAAGGCGAAGAAGCCUUGUGUGGAGGCGACGCAGGUCUCGGCCAAGACGUGA